CAAAAAUGCCGCCCUCUUUGCCAUCUUGUCUCCAACUCGCCACUAUGUCUCUACGUUUCAUGGUCCUGCUGGUUCUGGCCCAUUGUGGCUGGGCUCAGCCCAUUGACAGCCGGACCGAGCUGAACGGUGUUCGGGAGGCUCUGGAGAAUCUGAAAGCCGACAGACGAGCCAUGAUGGAGCGUCUGAACGCGGCCGAGAGGGAGCUCAAGAGGGUCCGAGAAACUCCAAAAGUGGCCUUUGCCGCCUCAUUGGGAGGAAACGGAGCCCAGAAGACGUUGUUCGGAAACAAAGAUCUGAUCUACAGGGAUGUCCUGACUAACGUGGGCGGGGCUUAUAAUGCUGCUACAGGUGAGUUCACAGCACCCAUUCGGGGCGUCUAUUACAUCCGCUUCACCGCCAACGCCCCCACCGACUUCACCAUGAGUGCCGUGCUCUACAAGAACAACGAUCAGGUUCAGCUCAUUGCCCACGAGCAGCCGUCAGGCAAGGGCAGCGACACGGCGUCCAACGGCGCUGCCCUGCUGCUGGAGAAGGGUGACAAGCUGAAGAUGGUGCUGUGGCACAACACCCACAUUUGGGAUAACAGCAACCACCACAGCACCUUCAGUGGCUUCCUGCUCUUCCCCUUGGUGGACGAGCCUCCGAUGGCGUUUGAUGUUGAAUCCGAGAUGAGAAGUCUCCAAGCUUCAGUGACGCAGGUUCAGGCUGAAAAUGCAGAUAUCAAAGACCGACUAGAGACUGCAGAGAAGGAGCUGAAGGCCAUAAGAGAUGUGCCCAAGGUGGCGUUUGCGGCGUCGCUGGGUGGUAACGGCCUUCAGAAGACAACAACAGGAAUGAGGAAGCUCCUCUACAAAGAGGUGCUGACUAACAUUGGCGAGGCAUACGACCAGGAGACAGGAGAGUUCACAGCACCUGUUCGAGGUGUCUACUACAUCCGCUUCACCACCAACGCCCCCACCGACUUCACCAUGAGUGCCGUGCUCUACAAGAACAACAAUGAGAUCCAGCUCAUCACCCACGAGCAGCCGUCGGGCGAGGGCAGCGACACGGCAUCCAAUGGCGCUGCGCUGCUGUUGGAAAAGGGCGACAAGCUCUCUCUGUAUUUGUGGCAAAAUACUCAGAUUUGGGACAACAGCAACCACCAUAGCACCUUCAGCGGCUUCUUGCUCUUCCCCAUGUGAGCAUGGCAGCCAUCUUUACACAUUCUGGGGUUGAGGGCCACAGCACCUGGCUUUUUCACUAAAUAAACAUUGAUAGUUUUGUCUUUA